ACAUUUCCGGUUUGUACACCGCAGCUAGCGGCCGUUUCGUUUCUUACUGAUUUACUGUUAUUCUCAUCAUUCCUGUGGUUGUAGCUGCUCUUUAAACAUGAAUACGGUUUUGUCGAGAGCUAACUCGUUAUUCGCCUUCUCCCUGAGCGUCAUGGCGGCCUUAACUUUCGGCUGUUUCGUCACGACAGCAUUCAAAGACAGAAGAGUUCCUGUGGACAUACACGUCUCCAAAGUCAUGCUGAAGAACGUUGAUGACUUCACAGGACCCAGAGAGCGCAGUGAUCUGGGUUUCAUCACCUUUGACCUCGCAGCUGAUUUGCAGCCAAUUUUCGACUGGAACGUAAAACAGCUGUUUCUCUAUCUGUCAGCUGAGUACACCACAAAGAGCAAUUCUCUGAACCAGGUGGUGCUGUGGGACAAGAUCGUCCUUCGAGGUGAAAACACCAAACUGAACCUCAGAGACAUGAAGUCCAAAUACUUCUUCUUCGAUGACGGGAACGGACUCAGGGCUAACAAGAACAUCACGCUGACACUGUCAUGGAACGUCGUUCCCAACGCUGGGAUCCUGCCUCUGGUGGCUGGAAGUGGACACGUCAGCCUCCCGUUCCCAGAAACAUACGAGACCACCAAGAGCUACUAGACACAAACACACACAGGACCACUUUCAACAGCAGCUGGGAGGAGUUUUCCCUGAAGGUUUCCGUCCAGAAAGAGAUUUCUCGGUUACAGUUUUGGUUAAUAUGAAGAGAUUUCUGCCAGAACAGACUUUCUGGGAGAAAGCCAACAAGGGAAACUUCUCCUAUGUGCACUUCAACACACUGUACACACACACACACACACACAGAUGACUCACACACACUGUGCGAUGGUGUUUCUGCAUAGAUGUAAAUGAAUUUUUGGUUUGUAAUAAAAGUUG